AUCAGAAAAUGCCCGUUCAAUCACCUAUUGAAAUUAGCAAUCGUGUCAUUGAGCAUAUCGAUGAUAUUGAUCCACUUGAAUAUCAUGGCCAUUGGGAACCGGUGGGCAUUGCUCGCAUCCACAAUACCGGCACUUCGGCCAUGGUAACAUUUAGUAAACGCAAGGAACAACCCUAUCUGCUGGGCGGUUGUUUGGGCGAUCAAAAAUAUAUCUUUGAACAGUUGCAUUUCCAUUGGGCCGACACCGAUGAAUCGGGCUGUGAACACACUCUGGAGGGUAUGAAGUACUCCAUGGAAGCCCAUGCGGUUCACUACAAUUCAAAGUACAAAGAUUUCUCAGAGGCGAAAAAUAAGCCAGACGGCUUGGCUGUUGUGGCAUUCUUUAUACAGGCAUGUGGUGAGAAGGAUUGCCCGGAAUUUAAGAAAAUCACCGAGGGUAUACGAAUUGUACAAAAAAUCCAUACCUCAGCAUCUGUUGAUUCAGAUUGCCUUUCGUGGAUUGGUUUACAGGAGUUAAGCAAACAUUAUUACACCUAUAAAGGAUCUCUAACAACAGCACCCUACUUUGAAAGUGUUACAUGGAUUAUCUAUCGAACACCCAUAUAUGUAUCCAAAGGACAGGUUCAAGUUUUUCGCAAUCUCCAAUCAUGUCCCAAGGAUGAAACUAAAAAAAUCGUCAACAAUUAUCGUGAAAUACAAAAGCCUAGCAACAAUCCAGAAAUUAUUUUCGCACGCAAUGUCAAACCAAAAUCAAAAUUAUGAUCUAAUCAUUAUAUCCUACAA